AGAUUAAUGAUAAAUAAUUAAACAUAAAAAAUUUUUGGAGCAAUGUAGAAAUAAAAAAAGGACUGAUAGUGUAUUUGCCAGUAGUUUGUUAUCUGUACCGCAAUGAACAUCAAUUUUGAAGGAAAGCGUAUUCUCGUUACUGGAGCUGGUCAAGGAAUUGGAAAGGAUUUAAGUCUUCGGCUUUCACAAUGUAAAGCAACGGUUAUUGCUUUAUCAAGAACUCAACAAUACUUGGAUAAUUUAAUAAAACAAGAUCCAAAAAUUAAAAUAGUAUGUGUGGAUUUAAGAAAUUGGAAUGAAACAAAACAAGCUGUGCAAAAUGUUUUACCAAUUGAUUUACUGGUUAAUAAUGCUGGAGUAGCAUUUUUAAAACCUUUUCUUGAAGCAACUCCAGAAGAUUUUGAUAUUACCUUUGAUGUCAAUGUCAAGGCAGUGAUGAAUGUCUCGCAAAUAGUAGCAAAUGAUUUAAUAAAAAGAAAAAUAUCUGGAAGCAUUGUAAAUUUAUCUUCUCAAGCAAGUGAAGCAGCUCUUCAAGAUCAUUCAGUUUAUUGUGCGUCUAAAGGAGCUUUGCAAAUGUUAACUAGAAAUAUGGCACUUGAACUUGGACCUCAUAAUAUUCGAGUUAAUUCUGUCAAUCCAACUGUAGUUUUAACAGAAAUGGGUCGACUUGGAUGGAGUAAUCCUGAAAAAGCUCAGGGAAUGUUACGAAAAAUUCCUCUUGGUCGUUUUGCUGAAGUUCAUGAAGUUGUGGAUGCUAUUAUUUUUCUAUUAAGUGAUCAUAGUUCAAUGAUAAAUGGAAUUGCUUUGCCAGUUGAUGGAGGAUUUUUAUCAACAUAAGUAUAAUUAUUCUAUUAAUAAAUCAUUAUGUAUUUGAGAAAAGUUUAUAAAAUGUUUAUAUGAGAAAAGGAUUAAUAAAUAACAAUAAUUUUUUUUCAUUUCAAAAAUUCGUCGCUCUCUUUAUUUAUUUAUUUAUUUUUUUUUUUUUACUAGACUUUACGGAAUUGGAUGUGAUGCGGUACUGAAAUUGUCGUGCCAUGUUUUUUUAAAAAAAAAAAAAAAGAAACUGAAAAAAAAUUAUUUAUUUUGUCAGUACCAAUCUUCCAUGAUUCCGUUUUUUAAUAAAUGGAUUGUUCGCAUUCAUAUAAGCAUUCUUUAAACUACAUACCAUUAUUUAACGAAAGAGAAAGAAAUCUGAUAUUCAAAAAUAAUUAUCAAAUAAUUAUAUAUUCAGGAAAAGACUCAAUUGUUUUCUAUUUUUUGUAAAUCAAAUAUUUAAAAUUUCUUCCUCUUUCGUCAUUUUUUUUUCCAUUAUCAAUUCCCCCCGUCCCCACAUAUACAACUUUUCUCGUCGUAAAUAUGUGAUUAGAAUAAUAUUGUAUAUACAUAUAAGCUAAACCUCACAUUUUUCUUACACUUGCGGAUCUUUUUUUUCGAUUCAGUUCUUUGCAAAAAAAAAAAAAAAAAAAAAACAAAAAACAAAAAAAAGAACGCCUAGGCACGCAUUUUCAAUAUUCUCAAAAUUAUCGUCCCUAGUACAAAGGACUAAAUAUUAUUAUUAAUCAUUAGGCAUUUCUGUUUGACAUAUUUUGUCUUAUAUUGAUGUAGGAAUUGUUAACUUCAAUCAAAAGUUUUGAUUACUUAAGGCCUUUCUGAACUGAGAUGUUUGUUGUAUCUUUGUCAGAUUGAAGUUUUAAGUAUUAAUUUUUGUUUGAUCUAAUUUUGUGAUCAAAAAAUUCUCGAAAUCAGUGUGCACAAAUAUUUGACACAUUAAUUUUUUAUAUUAUUCUCAGUAUAAGAAGGGACUAAAGUAUGUGUGUACGUCCUUUGAUGUAUACGAGCGAUUUUAUGUGAACUGAAUUUCAAAUAAAAUAGACGAGAUCGAAUUUAAAUUUCUAACUUUAGUUUUACUCGAUAAAACAAACGCUUUUUAUCAUUUUUUUUUUUUCAUUUAGAAGAAAAUGGUAAAAAUAUAUGUAUUUUUUAUUAUUUUAUCUCCGGAUCAGUUCACAUUAAAUCGCUUUCUAUACUUUAAAAAUAAUGAAAUUACAAAAUUUCGAUUAAUUUUCAAUCGCAUCACAUUUUACAAUAAUACCAUAAUAUUAAUUGUUAUUUUAGUUUUUGUACGACUUUGCUUUUCAUUUAAAAUCUCAUAACUUAUGUUACAAGACAAUUAGAAAGGUGUCAGAAUACAUAAUAAUCAGGGUCGAAGAGCGGUAAAAUUUUUGUCGUUAAAAAAUCUAUUUAAUGAUUUUUGUAAAUUUCACAGAAACGCCUCUCUUGGAAAUGAUUUUCCAAAGCAAUUAUGGAAAAAUUCUUUUUAUAAUUUUUCUUUUUCCAAUGUUUGUUGAACAUUUCUCACAUAUAAUUACAAUACCAAUCUUUUUAGGAAAAUUCAUUCUUCAUUUUUUUAUUAAUAAAGUGCGAAGAGUUGAAUUUCUUCUGUCUUCUUAGUUUAUAAAUUUUUUUUAAAAAAUGCAAUAGAAAUCUCAUGUUUGUAAAAGUAAAUCAAAUAUUUGGAAUGAAGUACACGUGACACGAAAUAAAAAUUGGACAUCGUGCCGCGUGCUGGCAGUGUCUUCAUGUUUUGACAUGAGUUAACUUUUAUUCUUCUUUUUUUUUUAGUUAAUGAAAAUUGUCCAAAAAGACAGGAAGAAAUUUUGAUUCAAACUUGAUUAAAUUUUAAAGAAGAAUGAAAUUAGUACUUUCUGUGCAUGUAGGACGUACAUACAACGUAUAAUAGUUAUCACGUUUUUUUUUUUUUAAUUUUAAUAGAGGUUGUGUUAUUUUUCAAAAAGAGCUUGAGUUAUAUGUAAUUUUAUUAAUCGAAGUAAUUAAUAGAAUCAAAGAUGGGAUUUCUAAUAUUUAUUAAAAUAAAAAUUAAAGUUCCUAAAUUUUAAUAUCAGUAAAAAAAUUUUCUUUACACAUUUAUAAAUGAAAAAAGAAACUAAAUAAUAUUAUUUCUUUGCAGAAUUUGAAAAUUUUUUUUGUAAUACAUAUACAAAGUUUUUAAAUAAUUUCCCAAAUGUAGAAAAAAAAACCCUUUAGAAAAUAGGUAUUUAGCAUAUAUCGUUUUCAAUCCUUGGGUUUAAAAAUGCCAAUUUUAAUGAAACACGAUAUUAAUAUUUUUUAAAUGUACAAAUAGUUGGUGCGAUUCGACGAUCAUUUUCCUAUUUCCAUUUCAAGUUUUUUUCUUUUUUUAAAUAAAAAAUAACAAUUGCACAGAGAUCGAAGAUUGGUUCAAUACGACAUGAUAUUACACACACGUAGAGAAUAGUACCACACUGGACACGUAGAACACAAUAAUUGUUUCUUUUUCUCCUUUCAUCAUAUAUCUAUACAAAUAAUUUUAUGAAUCCUUUUUUCAUAAUUAUUUUUCAAAAGAAAAUAUCUUACAUUCAUUAUUAAAUUUUAAUGCUAAAAAGAUGUUGUUUUUUUUU